CAAAACACGUUAACUCUCUCUCUAGAUAGCUCUUUCUCUCUCUAGAUUCCGCUUACGCGUAUAUAUUUUCCGAGGAAAAUCGGUAAUCGGAUCCUCACACUCUCCUCCGAUUUCCCAAAAUCCUUCUUUACCGAUCUCUUUGUUACCGGUUUCUGGCCUCCGAUUCGGUGAAUAGAGAGGAAGAAAGAGGGGAAAAGGUCGGACAGCGAGAAUUCUGCAUGAGCUGGUUGGGUGACCUGGGUUUUUCUUCGAAUUCUAGCCAUUUCAUCACCUGUCUUUUGAUUUUUAUUCUCCAUUACUCUCCUCAGUUAACUGUUUCCCCCUUUAAAUUCGAGAAAAAAUCCAUAGAGCCGUUGUUAUUAUUUACCAGUAAUCCUAAUUUUUUAAGUUUUAGUCGCCGAUCAUCACUGAAUCAUGGAGAAUACCGACCGCAGUAAUCACCAAUUGCGCAGAGGUCUUUGCUAUUCAAAUGUUGAGGGCAAGAAGGCCAGAUCACCAUCUGUUAUUGUUAUAGGUGCUGGAAUGGCAGGAAUUGCCGCUGCACGUGCUCUUCAUUAUGCCUCAUUUCGGGUGGUCUUGUUAGAAUCUCGAGAUAGAAUUGGAGGUCGAGUUCACACUGAUUACUCAUUUGGUUUUCCUGUUGACCUUGGUGCAUCAUGGUUGCAUGGGGUCUCCAAAGAAAAUCCCUUGGCACCAUUGAUAAGUAGAUUGGGACUACCCUUGUAUCGUACUAGUGGUGAUAACUCUGUGUUAUAUGAUCAUGAUUUGGAAAGCUAUGCACUAUUUGAUAUGGAUGGGAAUCAAGUUCCUCAAGAGUUGGUAGCCAAGGUUGGAGAAUUAUUUGAAAGCAUUUUGAAGGAGACAGAUAAAGUGAGGCAAGAAUAUAGUGAAGACAUGUCCAUUCGCUGUGCUUUCUCAAUUGUUUUUGAGAGGAGACCGGAUUUAAGAUUGGAAGGACUUGCCCAGAAGGUACUUCAGUGGUACCUAUGCAGAAUGGAAGGUUGGUUUGCUGCAGAUGCUGAUACAAUCUCACUUAAAUGCUGGGAUCAGGAAGAGCUGUUACCUGGUGGUCAUGGCCUUAUGGUCAGAGGCUAUCUUCCUGUUAUAAACACCCUUGCCAAAGGUCUUGACAUCCGCUUGAACCACAGGGUUAUAAAAAUUGUAAGACGCUUACAUGGAGUGAAGGUUACAGUUGAAGAUGGAACUACAUUUGCAGCAGAUGCUGCUAUCAUUGCUCUCCCUCUAGGUGUACUAAAGUCUGGAACCAUCAAGUUCGAGCCAAAGCUCCCAGAUUGGAAGGAGUCAGCCAUUGAUGACUUUGGAGUGGGGGUUGAGAACAAAAUAAUUUUGCACUUUGACAAGGUGUUUUGGCCGAAUGUAGAGUUUUUGGGAGUAGUUGCGGACACAACUUAUGAGUGCAGCUACUUCCUAAACCUUCACAAGGCCACAGGUCGUUCUGUCCUUGUUUACAUGCCUGCUGGGCAGCUGGCUCGAGACAUUGAGAAAAUGUCUGAUGAGGCUGCUGCAAAUUUUGCCUUUAUGCAACUCAAGAAGAUCCUUCCAGAAGCUUCUGCCCCGAUCCAAUAUCUUGUUUCUCAUUGGGGCACAGACAUUAAUACACUUGGCUCCUAUACCUUUGAUUUAGUAGGGAAACCCCAUGAUCUGUAUGAGAGACUAAGGAUUCCAGUGGAUAACCUAUUCUUUGCUGGGGAGGCAACAAGCAGCGACUACCCAGGAUCUGUUCAUGGUGCAUAUUCUAGUGGACUGAUGGCAGCUGAAGACUGCAGGAUGCGUGUACUGGAACGUUACGGAGAGCUGGACUUGUUCCAGCCAGUAAUGGGGGAGGAAGGACUGUCGUCAGUCCCUCUUUUAAUCUCCCGUAUGUAACUUCUAGGCUGAAAUCCUCUAUAAGUGGAAAUAAAUCUAUAUAUUUGAAGAAAUGUGACAUGGGAUGUGACUGCAUAGUUCCCAAUUGAAUUGGCCUUUGGAUUAACUGGUCAAAGCAUUUGGUGGAUGUGAAUGGUCCUCCAGUGUGGCAUGGCAACAGGUAUUAAACUUGAAUAAAUUAUUUGAAUCUAGCUUUGUUGUGAGGAACAGGUGGAGGUGUUAGGUGUGCACUUCCAUAAGUGUGUGGAUGAUGUUUUUAAUGUGAGUUUUAUGUGCCUCCACUUUAUGAGUGCGAAAGACACUAAUAGUUGGCAAAUAAAAUUGUCUGUGAACUUUGGCGUUAGAUCGUCUUCUCUGCUUUUGUCUAAAUUGAACUUGUGUUAUUAUAUUAUCAAAACUGGCUUUUUCUUUCUUAAGAAAUGAUAGUACUAAUUUAGUCUUGCGUUUGGGAUUGCUGUGAGAAAUGAUGGUACAUAAUUUAGCAUGAGUUUAGUAUUGUU